AUGCCUUCUUAUCUCGUCACAGGAGCAUCGCGUGGUUUGGGGGGACCCUCUAAGAGCCGUGAUGAUACUGUAUUCGGGAUAGUACGUGAUAAAUCAGCCACCGACGCCAAGAUUGCAGAAGAGCUUGGCUCUUUAAGCAAAAUCCAUAUUUUGGAGGCGGAUAUUACCAAUUACGAAGCCCUGAAGAAUUCUGUUCAUGCGGUCUCCGAGAUCACCGGAGGGUCGCUCGACUACGCUAUUGCGAAUGCAGGCUUGAUCCCGUUGUGGUCCACAUGGGACUGGAUAUUCUCAAAAUCCCCUCAACUUCUCGAGAAAGACCUUCUCGAGUCAUUCAAGGUGAAUGUCAUUAGUAAUUUCCACCUGUUCAAUCUUUUCACUCCAUUUGUUCUCAAAGGCCGAGGCAAAGAGGUGGUCGCGGUCUCAUCUGGAAUGUCCGACGUUGACUUCAUCCGCGAAUUUGAGAUUGAACCAGCUGCCCCGUACGCCAUAAGCAAAGCCGGUACAAGUGUUGUAACAGCAAAGUUUGCUUCUCGUGGGUUUGAAGGCGAGAUGACCGAAGAGCAGAUCCGCAAGGCUCAGAAAUUGGCGAGCAAGUUCGUGAAUUAUGCCCCUCAUCACAAGGGUCCUAGUUUCCCCGAAGAAUUGACCAAGGCGGUUCUAUCGGUUAUGCAUGAGGCGUCUCUGGAGAAGGGCAGCAGCGGGGCGUUUGUGUCGCGAUAUGGAAACAAGCACUGGAUGUAG